AUGAAGCUGAUCGUCUUAUCCGCUCUGCUGGCUGUCGCCGCCGCCGGCCACUUCAACGAUUACUACGCCGUGCCAGACUACAGCACGGCCUACUCAGUCAAGGACCCGUACUCGGGCGUCAAAGUCGACAAACAAGAGAACCGGCUGGGCGACAAGACGGAGGGCUCCUACUCGCAGGUCCUUCCCGACGGCCGCUUGCAGGUGGUGAGGUACUGGGUGGACGGCUACUCGGGCUACAACGCUGACGUCCAGUACUACGGCGCCGCCAAGCAUCCGCAUACCCCGAUCCACCACGGCUACGGCAACGCUGGAUAUGUAUAUCACUAA